AUGGAGCGGUACGAGAAGCUGGGCAAGGUCGGGGAAGGCUCCUACGGCGUCGUCUUCAAGUGCCGCAACAAGGACACCGGGCAGAUUGUGGCCAUCAAGAAGUUCCUGGAGUCCGAGGAGGACCCGCUGAUCAGGAAGAUCGCCCUGCGGGAGAUCCGCAUGCUGAAGCAACUGAAACACCCCAACCUGGUGAACCUGCUGGAAGUCUUCAGGAGGAAGAGGCGGCUGCAUCUGGUCUUUGAAUAUUGUGACCACACAGUUCUCCAUGAGCUGGACAAGCACCCACGGGGGGUGCCAGAGCAUCUGGUGAAGAGCAUAACCUGGCAGACCCUGCAAGCUGUGAACUUCUGCCAUAAACACAAUUGCAUACACCGAGAUGUAAAGCCAGAGAACAUCCUGAUAACCAAGCACUCGGUCAUCAAACUGUGUGACUUUGGAUUUGCUCGCAUACUGACUGGUCCAAGUGAUUAUUACACAGACUAUGUGGCUACCAGGUGGUACCGCUCUCCAGAGCUGCUUGUGGGAGACACCCAGUAUGGUCCUCCUGUGGACGUAUGGGCCAUUGGCUGUGUCUUUGCUGAGCUGCUCUCCGGGGUGCCCCUGUGGCCAGGCAAGUCUGAUGUCGACCAGCUGUACCUCAUCCGGAGAACCCUGGGGGAUCUCAUUCCCAGGCACCAGCAAGUGUUCAGCACCAACCACUUCUUCAGUGGGGUUCAAAUUCCAGACCCUGAGAGCAUGGAGCCGUUAGAAGUGAAAUUCUCUAAUAUUUCAUACUCUGCUUUGGCUCUCAUGAAGAGUUGCCUUCGCAUGGACCCAGCAGAAAGGCAGACGUGUGAGCAGCUGUUGCAGCAUCCCUAUUUUGACAGCAUCAGGCAGGCAGCAGAUCUGGGAAAAGAACAUGAGAAAACAGCUCGGAAACCAGCCAGGCCCACUCGGAAGCACGUAGCAGGGGUAAUGUUUUCCUUGCAGGAUUUAUUACAGUAUCUGCCUCAACUGACCAGUAGUAACCUCCUGCCAGCUCUGGACAGCAAGAAGUGCUGCUGCAAACCAAGAAGAUCAAACUACCACUUCCCCAACAUCUAA